AUGAUCAUGUCCACCUGCAUCAGCGGUCUACUGUUCUCCACAUUUGCAGGGCAGCCCUUGUCGAUUCUUGGAGCAACCGGCCCUUUCUUGGCUUACACCCUCGUUGUCUAUGACCUGGCUACGGGCGCUGACAUUGAGUUCAUGCCUUUCUACUUCUGGACAUGCAUGUGGUGUUCCCUCUUCACUAUCCUGUGUGCGGUUUUCGACAUGUGUGCUCUGAUGAAGCAUGUGACGAUGUUCAGUGAAGAUAUCUUCGCUGGAUUAAUUUCUCUCAUCUUCAUUAUCGAUGGAGCCCGCCCCCUCAUCGAGAAUUUUUCAGAGAACGUGAUGCCCCUCACCAAUGCCAUGUUCGAAAUGCUGCUCUUCCUCCUGACCUUCGGAACGGCGACAUACUUGUCUCACUUCCGCCGCAAGCCUUGGGCGCUCCGGUCUAUCCGCAAUCUCCUCGCCAACUUUGCCGUGACCAUCGCCCUCGUGCUCGCCUCAGCCGUUGCGGCCAUCUAUUCCGGUGAUACAAACCUCCGGAUGUUGCAGGUGGAUGCAGACUUGUCGCCGAACCUGGUCCUUGCCGACGGAAGCAAGCGGCCUUGGAUCGUGAAUCCGGCGGGCAUCGACCGCCCCUUCCCGGCCUGGGGCAUCGCCUUCGCUAUUCUCCCGGCGAUCGGCUUCGCAGUCUUGGGCUACCUGGACCAGAACCUGACCUCUGUGAUUGUGAACAGGCCUUCCAACGGACUCGCCAAGCCGCCCGGUUAUCAUCUUGACUUGUUCGUGCGUGGAGCACUGACUCUGCCCGCCUGCGCUGUGCUCGGCCUGCCUCUUUCCGUGGCCUCGACGGUGCCAAGCAUUACGCACGUGAUCUCGCUGACCACGUACGACGUGCAGCAGAUGCCAGGUGGGGAGCGCAAGGUGCCUACGAAGGUGGUGGAGAAUCGCCUGACGAACUUCCUCAUCCACAUCCUGGUUGGUUGCGCUCUCUUCUUGGCACCUGCACUCAAGUUCUUGCCGCGCUCCGUGCUGCAAGGCGUCUUCUUCUACAUGGGCAUUGCGAGCUUGACCGGCAACAACCUCUUCGACCGCUUGAAGCUGUGGCUCAUCUGGGACUCCUCCAAGUACCCACA